AUGGAGAAGCAAAACUACAGCAAGUUCUCCUGUUUCUGGGAGACAGAGCCCGUAGGCUGUAGGAGGAUAAGCUGUGACUUCUUUCACAGAAAACCCCGUAAUAUAAAUGGACUUUAUUUGCCACCUAGUAACAAUGUCCCGUUGAAACAGGAUGUCCAAGGAGGCAUUCUGCAUCCAGCCCAUCGUCAGGACUCACUCAGAAGUCAAGAGAAUAUUUUAGUACCAAUUCACCCUCCACUGAUUAUAAACCUCAGUGAUGAAGAGGAUGAUGAAGAGGAUAAUGAAGAGGAUGAUGAUGAAGACAACUAUGUUUCUAGCUGGAUGCCUAAGACUGUUUUAGAUAUUGAAGAGGAAAGAGCAAUAAGGGAUAUAUGCUAUAAAUCUGGAGAGUAUUAUGGGAUUCAGAACCCUUACAAACACCAAUCGACAAAAACUGUGUCUUCACUGUGGCAAGAUGAGUUAUUACCCUUGGAAACUACUGAACAAAACUUGCAGAAAGGUGAUGGGAACACAAUUCCUACAAGAUUUAAUAAUACAAGAAAAGAAAAAGAGAGUUCAGAAAGGAGAAUAUCAAUAGAGAGUAUUCCCAGAACAGAUCAGAAAUCCUUUGAGAAUGGAGAAACAAACCACAAUGAACUGGUAAAGAACCGCCACUGUAAGGAAGUAAAGGAAAAUAAAAGAAUUUCUGAGGAACGAAGAAAUUCAGCUAAUGUAGUAACUGGCAAAGGAAUUCAUACUCCAGACCCCAAAGUAAAACCAAGUUAUCAACAAAGGGGUCAAAGUAAGGAUGUUGAAACUGCUUCUUUGAGUCCAUAUGGGAGAGAAACUGGAAGAUACACUCAUUUAAAUUCUCCAGAACCUCGACGAUCAGCUUAUGUAGUCUACCGGACUGUCACUCAAAAACCAAAAUUCAAUGGAACUCCAGGUGGGUCCCUGUGUACACAGAAUUCUUAA